GAUCUCUCUUCCUCCUACAUGACAGUAGGCUUAUCAUGUGACAGGGGGCGCUGUGCUCACGUGACUCCACCGGGGUGCUGGUAGCCGCUGUAGUGACGUCAGCCAUCCUCCUGCUGCUCCCGAACGGAGACCGAUCGCUCCUUCCCCGCCGCCGCCAUCAUCCUCAUCAUGACGUCCUUCUCCGAGCUCUACUUCAAUGUGGACAGCGGUUACUUGGAAGGGCUGGUCCGCGGGUUUAAGGCCGGGAUCCUGAGCCAGGGAGAUUACUUGAACCUGGUGCAGUGUGAGACCCUGGAGGAUCUCAAGCUACAUCUUCAGAGUACCGACUAUGGGACGUUCUUGUCUAAUGAAGCCUCGCCACUUGCCGUUUCUGUCAUUGACGACAAGCUCAAGGAAAAGAUGGUGGUAGAGUUCAGGCACAUGAGAAAUCAGUCCUACGAUCCUCUCGCCAGUUUCCUAGAUUUCAUCACGUACAGCUAUAUGAUUGACAAUGUGAUCCUGCUGAUUACCGGGACCUUGCAUCAGCGUUCAAUUUCUGAGCUUGUGCCCAAGUGCCACCCCUUGGGCAGCUUUGAACAGAUGGAAGCUGUAAACAUAGCCCAGACACCUGCAGAGCUAUACAAUGCCAUACUCGUUGACACUCCUUUAGCUGCAUUCUUUCAGGAUUGCAUAUCAGAGCAAGAUCUGGAUGAAAUGAACAUUGAAAUAAUCAGGAACACACUUUACAAGGCUUACUUGGAGUCUUUCUACAAAUUCUGUAAAAGCCUCGGAGGCACAACCGCAGAUGCCAUGUGUCCCAUUCUUGAGUUUGAAGCUGACCGCCGGGCGUUUAUAAUUACAAUUAAUUCAUUUGGCACUGAGCUCUCAAAAGAAGACCGUGCCAAGCUGUUCCCACACUGCGGUAAAUUGUACCCUGAAGGAUUGGCCCAGUUGGCCAGAGCUGAUGACUAUGAGCAGGUCAAAACAGUAGCGGACUAUUACCCGGAGUAUAAACUGCUGUUUGAAGGCGCAGGAAACAAUCCCGGAGAUAAAACCCUGGAAGACCGAUUCUUCGAACACGAGGUGAAGUUGAAUAAAUUGGCCUUUUUGAACCAGUUCCACUUUGGUGUGUUUUAUGCAUUUGUGAAGCUAAAGGAGCAGGAAUGCCGAAACAUUGUGUGGAUCGCAGAGUGCAUCGCCCAGAGACACCGAGCCAAGAUUGAUAACUACAUUCCUAUCUUCUAAAAGAUAAAAAGAAAAAAAAAAAGACAUUUCCAGAGCCCCACGUCCCCCACGUCCCCCACUGGUCCCUCUGCAGAUACUUCCUCUGCCUUAGUCCACGGGGAGGGUGUGACGUCAGAUUUUAAGAUUCCGCAAAAUUUAUUUAACUGAUCAGCAGCCGGUUUUGCUAUGUGUAUGGCAGGUAACUACUGGCGGUUUUACUUAAUUUCUGAACGGGCCAGCAAGGCCCACCUUCCCCCUGGCUGUGACAGAGUUAAAGAUCAGUGUAACCCUUCGAAAUUCUCUUUAUGAAUAGCUGUAAAUGUGAGUGUGUGUUCCAAGACGCUACGAGUGCUGUAUCCAUGUCCGGAUUGACUUCUAUCUGAUAUUCCAUUGUCGUUCACCACUAGCCUUGGUGCGUUGCGAUUCUUAAGAUAUUUCGGUCUCUGCUCCUAUGUCGGCACAUCAGUUACUAGAAGGGGGGGGGGGCGGAGCUCCAUGUACACACUGGAUCUCAAGCAUGGCAGGGUAUGACGUAAUAGCAUUAUAAAGAAUCAUGAAGAGGAUGCGGACUGGUCACUGCAGCAUGUUAAUUGUAGUCCUCUUAGGCUAGGACUAUGUGUGUAGUAUAGUAUCAUGUUGUACCUCUAUCACUGUAUCUGAUUAGAUGUUUACACGAAUAAAAAUGUCACUCUCCACCAGCUACACGAAC